CAGAGGAGUAAAAAACAGGCAGGAAGAAAGAAGAGAUAAGGUCAGGUAUAAAAGGGGAAGACUUCUGAGUCUCGAGCAGAUACAUUACACAGAUUCAUACAGAAAGUUUUUCAGCCUCUGUGUCCCGUACACACUUAGAAACGCAGAAAAAUGAGAAGCCUGGUUCUUGCCCUCGUUCUGGUUCUGCUGGUAUCCAGUGGGAUGGCUCUGGAGUGCCACCAGUGCCUGCCCAAGAAGGCCGGUGGGGCAUGUGAGAUCUUCUCCAUGACCUGUCCUGCUAAAAAAGACGCCUGCGUGGCAGCCAAGUUCACCAGAGCCCCAUAUGGACACUACCAGAAGUGCACGACUAUGGCUGACUGUCAGCUGCUGAAGCUGAACGCCUACAUGAAGGUCAACUGCUGCCAGGAUGACCUCUGUAACACCCUGUGAUCCGACCAGCCUUUGACCUUUCAAGCCGUCAAUAUGCAUUCGUGUCUGGAAUGUUUUAGUGAAUAACUGUUACUAUUCUGACAUUAAAAGCUCAAAUAAACAUUUGCAUAAAAUACA